AUGAAUGAAGCCUUUAAGUCUAUGCCAGCUGUGUUAGAUUAUGUGAAAUCUACUUGGUUGGAUCCAUAUAGUGAUAGAUUUGUCAAUGCUUUUACAAUGAACAUCCUACAUUUGGGCACAAGAACGACCAACAGGGUGGAAAGUGCUCAUGCAGCACUGAAAUCGUGGUUAAAGACUUCGACAGGAAGUUUGGAUACAAUAUGGCCAAUUAUUCAUUCGUUUUUGGAAGCCCAGAAACGUGAAAUAAAAGCCUCUUUCCAAAGGUCCCAAAACAGAGAUCCUCAUGUGACAGUGCUACGUCUAUUUAUGUUAUUGAAAGGUCGAGUAUCACAUAAGGCUAUACGCUUGCUUGAUAGUGAAUAUAAACGUGCAAAUGAAGUUGGUGUUGAUGGUUUCGUUUGUGGAUGUUAUUUAAGACAUACGCAUGGACUUCCGUGUGCUCAUGAGAUGAUGGAGAUGGAAGAAAGAAAUGCAAGUAUUCAACUUACGGAUAUCCACCCUUUUUGGAGGACUCUUAAACUUAGAAGUGCUGCUCCACAUUACAAUUUAGAUGAAGAAUCUCAUUUUCAGAUCCGGCAUGAUAUUGAUAAGGAAUUGCAAGUGUACUUCAAGGAUAUUCUAGAUCUACCUGAACAAAGUAAAAAAAUAAUAGCUGCUCAAUUGGAAAAAAUAGUGCACCCAGAAUUCACAAGAUUGAACGAGCCACAUACUACAGCCCAACCUAGAGGUCGUCCUCCAAAAAAAAACUCUACAAGAAGAGAUCCAUCUGAUUGGGAAUACACAGAACAAACAUGCUCCAAGAAUUCUAAAACUGAACGUGGUGGAUGUGCUUCUACUUCUACAUCAGCUAAAGGUCGUGGUCGUGGACGUGGACGUUCUUCGUUGACACUCUCAAAUGCUUCACAAAUAAUUCCUCCCAAUAUCUUGCCAUUUCAUGAUCAACUCCCCUCCUACAUAGUACCUUAUAUUAGUAGUAUACACAAUGUUGGAGCUGAUGGUAAUUGUGGUUAUAGGGCCGUUUCUCGAUGGAUUUAUGAGGAUGAGGAACGAUGGCCAACUGUUCGGGAAGAGUUAGCUAUGGAGAUUGAGACUAGGUUAAACAUUUACAGUGAUAUUCUAGGAGGUCACGAUAAUGUUAGAUCAACUUUGAUCUCCCUUCAACACUAUGUCGGAUCCGCUACUAAAGAUUACCGGAUGUCAUUACUUGACAUGGGUUUUGUGAUCUCCACCAGAUAUAAUGUGGUAGUUGUUUGUUGGUCUCUUGAUCAACCAAUUACUUUUUUGCCAAUAAUUGCUCGUGAGGGGAACCAUGCACCUGAUCGAGUCAUCACAUUAGGAUUUUUGCAGCGGAUGGAGCAUUACGUUGUGGUUGAAAUGAAAGAAGGUUUUCCUAUGCCGCCGAUUUAA